UGAAAGCAGCCAGGCGCAUUUCUGGAAUCGCCGGAGGUAUAAAUAACCGAAAGACACAGCGAGGCAUCCAGUGUGCAUCAGACACUCGUCAAGAUGAGGUGCAGCGUUUUUGCAGCCGUUGUGGCCGUAUCCUUGGCAACGCCAAGUACGUGGAAAGAUGAUUAUCAUCCAGCGAAAAGUUGCCCCAUGCCCUACCAACAGGUGGCGGAUCGGUGCCUCAUCUUCGCCGCUUCUGAAGUGAGCACGUGGCAUGACGCGAGGGCCUAUUGCCACGGCUUCCUGGGCGACUUGGCGCAGGUCGACUCGGCUGACCUGCUGAUGGCGGUCGUCGAUUUCAUUCACGAUGAAGGGCUGAACGGACACAACUUCUGGAUCGGCGCGAACGACGAGGCGCAGGAGGGCGCCUGGAAGUGGCCUGACGGGAGCGACGUCCACAUGGGCACGCCCUUCUGGGGGUACUGGACCUCUCCUUCCGUCCAGGAGCCACGUGACGGCACGGCCUCCAACUACUGCUGCUUGGUGUCGAAUCAUUUCUAUUACUUCGGCGACUGUUGGGGCACUGAAAAGUAUUCUCCGCUGUGUGAAUUUCGGCUUGACUAACAAUAGGCGGAGAAAUUCAGCCGGAAGUGUUACGGUAAACAGUUAUAAGUAUCAAGGGAGAAGAGGACAUUAAAAAAAAAAGCUAAAUGGAACAUAUCACUGAACCCUCUUUGUAAGUAAUGAGAGACGGGACAUAAUUCAGCUGUGAGUGUUAUGAAUGUUCCAAAAAUUAAAGCAAAAUUUAAGAUAUCAUGGAAACCUUUGUGCCAGUACUGAUGACGAUAUUAGGCCGAGAGUGUUACCAGCUGGCCCAAAAAUUAAAGCUAAAUGUACGAUAAUA